GCAGCUUUAGCAAACAAAGACCAAGACGCAAAACCCAGAACCCAAGCUCCCCACCUGCUCCGCUCCUCCCCUCUCCUCUCGCCGACUCACCUUCCUCGAUCCACCGCGCCGGCCCAUCCCACCGCCGCGCCAGCGCCACCAUGAUGAGGUGGUGGUGGGCGGGGGCGUUCGGCGCCUUCCGCCGCCGCCGUCGCCGACACCCUCGCGCCCCUCACCGACGUCACCCACCUCUUCUACGUCGCCUGGGACCCCCGCCCGACGCACGGGGAGGGCCGCGAGGCCAACGGCGCCAUGCUCCGCAACGUCCUCUCCGCGCUCGUCCCCAACUGCCCCGGCCUGCUCCACGUCUGCCUCCAGACCGGCCGCAAGCACUACGUCGACCCGUUCGAGCCCCUCACCCACGUGCCCCUCGCGCUCCGCCCCUACUCCGAGGACCUCCCGCGCCUCGACUACCCCGACCUGGAGGACGUCCUCCUCGACGGGCUCGCCAGCAACAACCGCGUCACCUGGUCCGUGCACCGCCCCACCACCAUCUUCGGCUUCUCCCCGCGGAGCGCAAGAAACGUCCUCGCCAGUCUCUGCGUCUACGCUGCCAUCUGCGGCAAGGAGGGCCUCGUGCUGCGCUGGCCAGGAUCCCGCGUCGCCUGGGAGGGCUUCAGCGACGCCUCCGACGCGGAGCUCGUCGCCGAGCACGCACUCUGGGCGGCCAUGGAGCCCAGUGGCAAGAACGAACCCUUCAACUGCAGCAACGGGGACCUCUUCAAGUGGCAGCAGCUAUGGCCGAUCCUCGCCAACCAGUUCGGUGUGGCGUGGACGGGAUACGAGGGGGAGGACCAGCGCUUCAUGCUGGAGGAGGCCAUGGCCGGGAAGGAGGGCGUGUGGGCGGAGAUCGUCAACGACAACGGGCUCGUGGAGACCGAGCUCAACGACAUCACCAACUGGUUCUGCGUCGACGCCAUGGUCAACGUGGAGCGGGAGAACAUCGACACCAUGAACAAGAGCAAGGAGUAUGGAUUCUUCGGGUUCCGGAACACGGUGAGGUCCUUCAAUACCUGGAUCAACAAGAUGAAGGUUGACAAGAUUGUCCCCUGAUGCAUGCCUCUGUUUUACCUGCCAGUCGCGGCUUAGAACUUCACAUCAUGCUAUUAUCUCAUCAUCUUGCGACAUUGUCCAGUUUACGUGCAUCGAAUUUUACCUGAUACUCCCUCCGGUCCUUUUUACUCUGCACACUGGAUUUGCCGAAAGUCAAAUUUUGCUAAG